AUGGCAGACGACGAGGCGGCGUCUGUGCGUGUGGCCGUGCGGAUCCGUCCUCUUAUCGGACGUGAAAAAGUGGAGCGCUGUGAUGAAUGUGUGUCCGUAUUAGAGGACGAGAAUCAAAUUGUUAUGGGGAAGAAUCGCGCCUUCACGUACGACUACGUCUUUGGCAAGUACGCGCAGCAGAGUGACAUCUGGCGCUGCGUUGAUCCGUUAAUUCGCGCCACAUUUGAUGGAUAUAAUUCCACCAUCUUUGCAUACGGUCAGACUGGUUCGGGCAAAACGUUUACGAUGGGCAGUGGCAGCUCUAUGAGUAUUUCACCAGAGGAUUACGGUAUCAUCCCACGAGUUAUUACAUAUAUGUUCAAUCAGAUCGACGUUAAGACUGCAGAGAAUGCACACUAUCGUGCGGAGCUUCGCAUUCGCUUUCUAGAGAUCUAUGGGGAAGAGAUCCACGAUUUGCUUGUGACACUUGGAGACUCAAGAGGCGAGAACAAAGUGAGUCUUCGGGAAGCCGAAAAUGGAGGUGUACAGGUAUCAGGAGCAUCCGAAGUCGAAGUUAUAGAUUCUGACGAGUGUAUGAGGCUAUUAGAGCGAGGUACAUUAUGUCGAACGACGGGUAGUACUUUGAUGAAUGCACACUCUAGUCGGUCUCAUGCCAUUUUUACAGUCUCGAUGGUCCAACACGUCCCAAUAAGCGAUGAUACGGAUGGCAAAGAAUUAAUGGAGGAAGAUUAUGAGACUCGAAGCUCGUACUUUAAUUUUGUGGAUCUUGCUGGUUCUGAGCGUCAAAAACGAACACAAGCAGAGGGUAAGCGUUUAAAGGAAGGAAUUGAUAUCAACAAGGGUCUUCUUGCGCUUGGUAAUGUUAUCAGUGCACUUGGUGAUGACAAAAAGCGAGGCAAAGUGCACGUUCCGUAUCGUGACUCAAAAUUAACACGAAUGUUGCAAGACUCUUUGGGGGGCAAUAGUCGAACGCUCAUGUUGACUUGUGUGAGUCCAGCGGAUGUCAAUUUCGAAGAGACAUUAAAUGCUCUUAAGUAUGCGAAUCGAGCUAGAAAUAUUCAAAACAAACCGGUGGUAAAUCGUGAUGAAGCGUCGGCUUUGACAUUGGAAUUACGUCGUCAGGUACAAACACUCCAGAUGGAGGUGCACCGAUUACGUAAUCCAGGCCUUUCGGAAAGCGAGCUUAAGAUGGCAAGUGUUGGGACGGAUUUUAUUGGGAUGUCGUGUGAUUUUGACUCGUUUGGCGCUCUUCGAACACGUGCAGAGAAUGCAGAAAAUGAGGUCGCUCGGUUGACGGUGGAGCUUAAGCGCGGUAAGACGCAACUUGAUCAUUUGCGAGAAGAAAUGAUCGCAGCACAGGCUGAACGCGAUUAUUUAAGACUUUGUGUGGAUGAAAGUGGGGAGUGUAGUACUUUGUCACCCGAAGAAAAAGAAUCCAAGUCGAAUGUGAUAAAAGAGCAAUUGCGAACGAUUUGUGAGUUGCAAGAAAAGUUGCGCACAGCAGAACGUGAGCUUGACAACGUCAUGAUGAAUGUUCCUGUGUCGGGUAGUAGUAGCCUUAGUGGCACCCGGACAGCCACUGCACCGCCUAUCUCAAUCCCGUCGUUGGCAGAGGUCGAUACGAAGGUGGGAAAUGAGUUGCUUGAACGAGUUGAGAGAGAAAUUGAGCGAGAAACGGCAUUGCUGAUCAAAUUGAAAGAGGAAGAGAGCGGGGAUGAAGCCGGCGGGGAAAGUGCUGGUAGUGGAGGCGAUGGGGAGGAAUUAGCUGACGGUAUGGAAGUUGAAGAAGAGAAUCAGGAGGAAGCUGAUCGAAUGCGCGUGUUUCAGCGACGUCAACGCCAUCUUGGGGAGUCUGUUCAGGACCUUGCUCAUGACAUUUCCUUAAAAGAACAGCUUGUGCAAAAUAUACGUCAAGCUCAAGAAAACUUUGACCGAAUGAGAAGUUUUUACGAGCAAAAGAUGGCAGCAAUGGUAGAAGAAGUGCAAACUGCUCAAAUUGGUCGGGAUCGUCUUGUCGAAGAGAUUCAGCAAAUUGAAAACAAGGCUGCUUUUGAAGGGGAUACGUCUGGUGGGAACAAGCGACUGGCAAAGCUGUCGCAAGACUUGAAACUAAAGGAAGAUGAGCUUGACGGCCUGCGAAAGAAGCAAAAUGAUAUUAACCGCUUUAUGGCUCAAAAGAAAAAGAACGAAAUGCAGUUGAGAGUUUUGAACUCGGAAAUUAGCAACAUGAAGCGGCAAAAGGUGGAUCUUGUCAAGAAAAUGCAAGACGAGAGAAAGCGAUAUGAAGAGGAGGCGAAGCAACGCCGUCGUGAGAUUAUGAAUUUAAAACGUAUUCAGCAGCGUGAUAAGCAACAAAUUCUGCGAUUAGGGUCCCAAAAAGAUGCCCAAGAGCGGGUUUUAAAGCGAAAGAUGGAAGAGGUCACGGCAGCAAAGCAACGUCUAAAGCAUCAGCAGCAACUAACUGCUCAAGCACGCAAAUUGAACGCUGCGUUUAGUCGUAAGAAAAACGUGAUCACGAAUCGAGCCGAUCGCGAUGCAAUAUGGCUGUCUGAGGAAGUCAAGAAACGUGCCGAAGAGCAGCAAAAGCUUGAGCAAUUGCAGCAAGAACGAGAAGCAGUCGCAAAGGAGAUGGAAGCGUUGUAUGCUCAGCGUGAUAAGCUCGAGAAGGAGGUGAAAAAUUCGAUAGCGUCGCAGACGAAUAUUCGCGAUGUGUUAUCCUCUUCGCCGAUGGAUAUAUCGUCACCCAGUCAAAGAAACAGUUGGCGGCAGCAGCAGCAUAAUCCUGCGGAAGAGCAGCUCCUUUAUGACUUAGAAGAGCGCAUUGAAGCGUGUCAGGCUCAGUUGGAAUACAAAGAAGAAAAGAUCUCCGAGAUAUCUGAUGAUGUACAGGGUGUCGAUGAAGGGAACGCACUCGCUAAAAUUGAGAAGACGCAGUCUUUGCCUGAAGCCCGAACGCUUUUGAAAAUGCUGUUUAGUAUGGCGGUUGAUGUCAAGAAACAAGAUCAGCGCAAGGAGCAGGAGCUUGCAAAGCAGCAGGUGGAAAUGGCAGAAUUGGCUCGUCAUUUGGAGCAAGAGCGAGAAAAAACAAUUCAAAUGAAGCAAAGCUACGAAGAGUCAUUGCAGCGCGUGGUUAAUGGCGGAUUAAUUGUAGAUACGUCCUCGCCCGCACACGAUGCGCUAGAUGAUCGUACUCGCAUUUUGUUGGCAGUAGCUGAAGAAAGAAAUGCUGCGCUGCGAAAAAAAUGUGAAGAGCUCGAAAUGCUUUCUCAAACGAGAGAACAAGAAGAGCAAAUGUUGAACGAUCGACUCGAGCAGGAACAGCAGAAUGUUGCCGCUGGUAGAGAACGCAUCCAAUAUUUGGAAAGAAAGCUGAAAAAACUUAGUGCUCUGGGUGUUGAGAAUCAUAAACGCGCUGGAGAUCCUCCUUCUCCCUCAGGCACCAUAUUUGCUGCCAUUCCAAGUCAGACACAGAUGGGACCGACUUCGUGGGCCAACGAGCUUGACGACGAUGAAGAGAUGGGAACAGAGGAUGAGCAUGAGUGUACUGAAGACAUUACCAUGCGAAGCGAUGACGACACAAGUAGAAGCUCUCGCAUAGGGCCAAAUCGGCGCCGAUUUCGGAUGAAGCUGGAAAAUAGUGGUAGUAACUCGGAUCUCGCAUCGAAAAGCAAUCGGAAGGGUCAAGGUGCACGUCGUCGUGAUCACGACGACAAUAUAGUUGCACAAUACGAUGGAGCGAAAGAAGAUUCGCCGCGCGUGGGAAGUGAUGACUCAUCUUCGACUUCAAAAUCGAUUUUCUCGCGACUGUCUCACCCGACGAAUUUUACCGGAAUUCACAAAAAUCGCGUUCGAGAGAGUGCCACAAAGCGAGAGAUUUUGCAAAGCCGCUCAGAGCGAAACCGUACGAGGCGAUUAAAGGACAAAGGACAGCUCAAGCUGGCAAAGUCUUCUUCAGCUGUUCCGAUGGAACAAUUUGUCAGCACAUCUACCGGCUUAAAGAAUGCUUCUUCAUUAAAGAGCAACUCUGUCUUGGAGGUGCUUGCUAACAUAAAACGAGAAAACGAGUCUGAGCACUACGUGGCGACUUCUAGCUUGCGACAACCCAUGUCGUACGUCACAACAGACCGUCCACGUGACUAUGUAAGCGACGAAAAUGAGUCUUCGGGUACCAGAGGCAAUGGCUUUGGCUUGCCUCCUCCAACCCCACAAAGUGACGUAUACUCACGCCUUGCAGGCCAAUAUACAGCCUCUGCGAAGAGCAAACGCCACGUACCGACAGUUCGCCAUGACAAGUCAGUCGAAGCAGAAGUCCCAGCGAAGAGUGGAGCCCAGGAUAAUAGAUUGGAAGAUAAAAACGUUUUGGGUCAGCAGCAAGAAGGUGGAGGAGACAUUAAUUUUGCUGGUAGUGAGGACGAAGAAAGCUUCGACCCACUUCUCGGCGGGGAAAGUCUUAUCAAGCAGGUACAUGACGACUAUAGGGAGCGAUUAGCCCAUCUAAAUUCUGAGUGGGGACACUAG